CUGCUACAUUGUCCCUCUGAUUGGGAGCGGGGGCGCGCAUGUGUUGUUCUCAGCCUGGGAAAGCGCGCCCCCGUGCAGGGAAGCAGCUAGGGGACUCACACAGUCACUGACAGCAGCCGCUUGAUCAUGGGAUCCUGAUUCUGAAACAACGGACCCCCACUCGUAGAAGUCACUGCAGGUUCUGUCGGCAGAAGUCUAUUAUCAGUAAAAUUGCUGAGGAUUUUACGCUUGGAUCGCUGAGGCGUCAACAAUGAAGCACUUCAUGAAAAUGGUGGUUCAGGUGUGGCUGUACUUCUACUGCAUUUGUCUGUGGCGUUGCCUAAAGUUUAUUUUGAGGAAGCUGACUGGACGCUGCGAGUUGCAGAGAAUCUGCUGCAAGAACAAGCCUGGCGCCGGGCGGACAUUAAAAAUAGAGUCAUCUUUGAAGUCAUCCAAAAGCAAGCUCUUGCAGAGUGCAGUGGGUGUACAUCCUGAUGCAAUUGAAAAAACCGUAGAAGACAUCCUUACGCUGAAAAAAGUCAAUCUAGACACCAAUCCACAGUUGGCAGUGUCCCUUCAAGCUUGCCUUCUGCAGAUUAUUGGGUACAGGAACCUGACCCUGGAGGUGGAGAAACUGCGCCGGGAGGCGUAUGAUUCCGAUAACCCUCAACACGAAGAGAUGCUGAUCAAGCUGUGGAAAAUGCUGAAACCUAGUGUUCCGUUGGAAGCACGGGUCUCUAAGCAGUGGUGUGAAAUUGGUUUCCAAGGCGAUGACCCAAAAACAGAUUUUAGAGGAAUGGGUCUCCUGGGACUAUACAAUUUGGCAUACUUUGCAGAGAAAGACACUACUUCUGCUCUUCAGAUAUUGUCCGAUUCCCUUCAGCCGAAGUGCAGGGAUGUCAGUAAAGAGGACUUCAGUAAAAUCAGUAAAAUGGAAUGGGAGAUGAAAAAGUUUGACAAGGCGAUCGGUUACUCUUUUGCCAUUGUUGGGAUUAACAUCACCGAUCUGGCCUACAACCUGUUGAUAAGUGGAGCCCUGAAGACCCAUCUGUACAACGUAGCCCCGGAAGCUCCAUCCUUGCAUCAUUUCCAGCAAACAUUCUGCUUCCUCAUGCACGAGUUUCAUAAAUUUUGGAUUGAAGAAGAUCCCGUGGACAUAAUGGAGUUUAAUCGCGUGCGCAACAAGUUUCACAAGCGUAUCUUGAAGCAGCUCCAGAAGACGGACAUGGCGCUGUGUCCCCACUUUGCAGCCUCGGAAAGCCUGGUCAACGUGUAGUCACCUGCAUUCUACCAUUCCACAUCACUGCCUCACUAUUGUGUUCAUGCUCAUGAUGGCCGUGCUGUAUGACCACAGCGAUUGUAUGCAUGCUUUUUUGGUAAAGUACUCAUCUCUGUUUUUAUUAUAAAACAAAUCCCCUGGCUUUCACGCGCCACUGGGAUUUCCUCAUUCGAUGGUUGCGCAUAUUGCGAAUACGCAGUGUUAUAUUUUCAUCUGACAUAAGAGUUUUCUAUUUUUUUAGAUAUUAUUUUUUUUCUCAUAGUUAAGCAUUGCAGAGUUGUACUGUAUUUGUCAAGUUCUGGUUGGUGUCCGAGCAAGCCAAGCCUUGUACUAUAAGCAUUUUAUGAUCCCUAAUAUUUCUACUGGCCAGAUGCUACGUUUACAUGAUUGAAAGGUCUUAAACCAGUAUACUGUAUAUACAUUGCUUCAGUGCAAUGAACCAGUCUGGAUAUAGCUUUUUGGUGUGUCAUAUACUCUAUGUAUGUAUGUAUGUAUGUAUAUAUAUAUAUAUAUAUAUAUAUAUAUACAUACACACACACACACAAAUACAUAGAGGUCCUAAGUAUUAAAGCACUAAACUCAUCAUUUUUUUUAGAGAUUAUAAAGGAACUUGCGUGUGAUUUAUAAAUUGGGGAACCGUUAAGCUCAUCCUUGGAUGAUGAUGAUAGCCGUACCUACCCGUAACCCUAAAUUGGACAAGCUGAUGGUCAAAAAUGAUUAUAGCGCACUGCACCUACAGUACUUCCAAUAGUUGUUGGAGGCUACUUUUGACUGUUUCUAUAUAAUCCCCCUUUCUAGAAAUAAUCCUGCCGUAAACCAAGAUAGCAAAUAAUGCCUUUUGUUCUCUGUGAGGAAUCACAUUUCGCAUUGAAAGGAAGAGUGGGAAAUAGGAUACUGAAGGCAAAGACAUAGUCUGCAGGCUGGUACUCCUGUAAACUUAAUGAGGCAAUGGAACUCGUGCUCAGAGUAAUUUUAUAGUACAAACGAGACCCAUUUGUGUCACACAUUGGCUAAUAUAACAAAAAAAGCUUUACACACAGAGAACUGGAAUGUACUAAAAUCCAAAAUGUCCCCACACUAUCGUUUAAAUUUAGCCACCAGUUAAGGUAACCAAGUCAUGUUUAACCAAUGGAAAUGGUGGCUUUAUACAAGGCAGGUAGAAUCCCUGUGGGCGUUCUAUUACACGCCCUCUUCCCCACCCUCAACACACUGGGAGUUUGGCAUAGGGCUGUGACAGCAAAGCCCAGCGCCACACUACCACCCUUCACUAACAUGGAGGCCCAACUGCCAGCUGCUGCUCGUCUGUGUCUGAAGCUGGCACCAAUUAGGGGAGGUGUACCAGCCCUUUGAAUUAAAUAAAGACGUUGCCCACCGCAAACCAGCUUCUAGCUAUCAUUUAUUUGGUAUAGUUUUUAAAAAUUACAGAUUUUUAGAUUUCUAAAAACAGAAUUAUAAAAAAUUAUUUAUUAAUACUGCAAAUAGCAAAUAAAAAAUGUGACCAAUCAGAGCUAAAGACUGUAGCAAUAUGUAAUGCCAUAUCACAAUAUGUUACUCGUGUAAUAUGUACCUGACCCUUUUCUGAAUGAAUAAUCUAUUUUAUCAGAGAACAAAUUCUUCGUUCGUAAACUUUGAUGCAAAGCAAGAUAUAUAUUUUACAAACAAACAUUUGUACGGAUAAUUGACUACUACUGGAUAUUUGCAUAUUUCAGACAAAUAUUUAUCCUAUUUUUGAACGCUGCAGAAUAUUCCCUCUGCAAGAAUAUUGUAAUUAAAGUCAGUAUUUAGAACUCAUUUAUUUGGGAGUUAUGUUGCAAGGUACGCUGAUUGAGAUAUAUAUCUGUGCUGUGCAGAAUAAAAAGGGAGACUUAUAAAAGCUUGUAGAAAGACAAACUGGAUAGAGAUAAAAUACCAACCAAUCAGCUCCGAUCUGUCAUUUUUCAAACCCAGCUUGUAAAAUGACAGAAACUGCCAAUUUAUCUUUCUCCAAACUUUAGCAAAUCUCCUCCAAAGUCCUUUCAGAACCUGUCUAAAAUCAAUACUGCAGUGGAAAUAACAGUCUAUUAAAUAUUGUAGAAAGAUAUUUACUGCUGGCCGAUUUUCUGCUGGCGGAAGAGUAAAGUCACGGAGGCUCAUUCAUGUCUGUGAGAAUUGUCAACACUAUUUUGGGCCUCAUUGCUUGCCAUCUUCACAGAACAUCUGUCAUUUUGAUGGUUCAGGAUGGACAACAUUUUUGGAAACAACUUAUGGCCCCCAUACAUUACCGCCUGUGAUGCCCUGAUUCCCCAACCCACUAGCACUGCCGAUUGACAGCCAUCUGGAAAACUAAACAUGUUAAAAAAGAUUUUUAAACAUGUUUAAUAUUCCUGAUCCCAGCACUGGCCGUCAGGGGGAUCGGGGCUUUGCCCCAAUGCAUGCAAAAUAAAUGGGGAGAAACUGUUGAGUAGAAAGAAGGCAAUCUCCACUUUACAGAUUGGUUAUAGCUGGAAUAACCAAAACUGUAUUUCUGUCUGGGUUAAAUGAUCUGAUUAAUAAAAAAUAAAAUUAACAAAAUAUUCAAAUUUGCUGUAACCCAUUUUUUUAUUUUUUAGUGCUGUUUUUGAAAACUAAAGCAAACAGUUGCAUACUUUGCAAUAUUUUAUAAAUAGGAAAACAUGAUUUAUAUAUCUCCAACCUAACCGACCAUGACCCCAUUUUACUUAAGCCACAUCCACAUCUAGAAAGGCUAUGCCCAUUUUGGGUUCCGACAAUUUAGAGGCUAUCCUUCAAAAGUGGGACUGUUGGAAGGAUGUAUGGUAUUAGUUGCUAUGGGUAACACCAUAUUGGUGCCCGUAGCACCAUUUUAUGAAACCCCGUACGCUCUUUUCUAAUGCUAUAUCGUUGUCACAAAAAGGCCACACUACUGUACAUGAAUGGGACAACGUGACUUUACCGUUCGUUAGUAUAAAAGUCAGAAGGUCAGAGGCAUCACGUAUGCGAAGAUCAUUCUUUCUAUAAUAUUAACAUAUCUCCCAACAUGACCCAUUCCAAGAGGGACACAAUGUUCUGUUCCUGCACUUCCCUCUUUAUUAUUGCCCACACCUGUGUUGAACUAGUGCAUUAAUAAGAAAGAUGUUUCACCAAAGGUGGCGCCAAUCAUAAAUGAAUAGGGAAGUUCAGGAACAGAGCAUUUUGUCCCUCCUGGUAUGGAAUCAUGGGGGUAAUUCCAAGUUGAUCGCAGCAGGAAAUUUUUUAGCAGUUGGGCAAAACCAUGAGCACUGCAGGGGUGGCAGAUAUAACAUGUGCAGAGAGAGAUAGAUUUGGGUGUGGUGAGUUCAAUCUGCAAUCUAAAUUGCAGUGUAAACGUAAAGCAGCCAGUAUUUACCCUGCACAGAAACAAAAUAACCCACCCAAAUCUAACUCUCUCUGCAAAUGUUAUAUCUGCCUCCCCUGCAGUGCACAUGGUUUUGCCCAACUGCUAAAAAAUUUCCUGCUGCGAUCAACUUGGAAUUACCCCCCAUGUUAGGAGGUAUGUAUUAACCAGAUAAUAUUGAACUGUUUUAAUAAUCAUGAUACCACACUGUAUGGAACUAGAAAUAUUAAACUAUGACCUAAACAGACAGGGACUGACAAUGCUGAGGUCUCCUUGACUUAGAGAACUGGUUGGGUUUUACUCAUAGUCAUGCUUUUUUACUGAAUGUUGCGUCACUUUUGAAUAUGCCGUCAUUCUGCAGUGUGUAAUCUCAUUUACUAGAAUUCAUUUUUUGAAUUUCAGGCUUCUGAUUGUGAAAUCACUUGAAUAAAAUUUCAUGACAUUCCAGGAAAAAAAAA